GUUGACUGCUGAUAGCGCAGAAAGGAUUGACUGUUCUCAGCGAUUUUUCAAUAUGAUCAUGGUCCAUGGAAUCCUCAUGACAAUUGGCUGGGGAGUUUUUCUCCAGUGGGGAGCCUUCGUUGCUAGAUAUGCCCGUCACAGAAAUCCAUUCUGGUUUUAUUUUCAUACAACAGUACAAAUAUCUGGACUGUGUUGCUCCAUAGCGGGAUUUGUAUUUGCAGUCUUCUCUGUGCAGUUUGACCAUUUUAGAUUCACACAUGGAAUCCUCGGUCUUAUUGUCAUGAUCCUAGGCAUUUUACAGCCAAUAAAUGCUGUACUUCGACCCCAUAAAACCGUUCUACUGGUAGACGAGUCAAGCGCGCGACUAAUCUGGCGGUGGAUUCACCACACCAAUGGCCGCUUGGCUCUGCUCCUAGCUCUGGUGAACAUCACCCUUGGGGUAUUCCUGGCUGUGGCAAACAUCGUCAUCUGGGCCCUGUGGAUCACCUACCUCUGUCUCCUAUUCAUCAUCUAUUUCAUCGUGGAAAUCCUCAAGCGCCACCAGGAUCGGCAACAGGCUAAGGAGUUGUUUGUCAAGGGCAAUAUGGAUGACCUUGACCAAACACGGGUGGGUCCUUCAAAUUAUCGUGUUAGUCCACCGAUGGUAGAAGUUUCUCGUCUGUGAUAUACAUGUAGGUGUGGUGUAGUAAUCAGGCUGGUUCUUGACCUUUAUUUUCAUACACCAACUCCCACCUUCUUUUAAUGGUGUCCCUGGUUGAAAACCAGACUGUAUUAUAUACUGUAUGCCAAAAAUACCGCCUGCCAAAUAUCGAAACCAUAAAAGUAACAGUAAAGCUUGAAGAAAUUAUUUUAGAACAUUGACCAGUUUGUGCAGAUGUGAGAGACAGCUAGAACACUUUAGUGUCACUGAAUGUGAUCACAGGUGCAUGCAUAGGUGUUGUAAUAUUGUUAUCUUACAAAUGUAAUGGAUAACUGAAUCCUAGUAGCAUUUAUAAUGUGCAUAAUAAUUUUUCAAACACUCAAAAAAAAGAAAAAAAAUAUGACCACCUACAUAUUACAUGUUGAGACUGUAGGAUUGUAAUGUUCAGAAUUUUCAUCUCAAGUUAUAUUUUGCUGGUUAAAUUUGUUGAAGAUUUUUGUCUCUAUUUUGCAUUUGGUACAUUACACAACAAGGUCUGUCUCUUUCAACACUUUCAAUUAUUUUUUUGUUUAUAUGUAUGUCCUGGUCAAGAGGAAACACAAAGUUUUUCGUGAAACAGAAAUUUUAAUUCCAGUUCAUAAUUUUACAGAUGCAACUUUGUUUUCCAGCUUAAUAUUGUGAGUAUUUCUUCAUCUUUGCGGUAAACAUAAAAUUUUGUGUUUUUUUUUUUUUUUUGUGUUGUACACUAACCACUGAAAAAUCAAUCUUGGUGUUAAUUAAUAAUACUGGUUGGCUGUUGAGUUUGUUGUACAUGUAUGUAAUAAUACUGACAAGCUCCACUGGCCACUCACCAAACGGACUUGUCCGGUUUUUCCUGUAUAUACAUAAUCAUUUUGACUACACACUGACAUUACUGUAUGUUCAAACCUCACCAAAGUCACUUUUACAUGUAUAUUGGAAUUGCAUUUAACUUGUUGAGGGUUGGGAUUGAUCUCUUACCUGCUCAGCUCAAUUAUACCACCAGAGAUAAAGCUGCCAUUAUAAUGUGUUCAGCAACCUAUGAAAUAUUUUGAAUAUGUUAAAUUAGUAUAUGUUUUUUGUUAACUAUAUAAGAAUUUAUAUUUAAACUUUUUUAGAAUUUAAACAAAAUAUUUUUUAUCAUUCUUGAAACCAAUGUGUGCAAUAUUGUAUUAUUAUUAUUGUACUUUAUACUCUCAUUUCAGUUUCUUCACACCCAAUAUUAUCCUCAAUAUUAAUGAACUCCAGAGAUAAGCAUCAGGAUAAUUGUAUCGGGUCCCUCGAUCCCAUGAUGUAAAUUCUUUCUGUGAAAUGCAUGAGUUUUCACAUGCUCAUCAAUAAUUACAUGCAAAUGUGGAUAAGUACACAUGUAGUUCUAUUUAUUAAUGCCUAUAAUUGGUGAAUUUGUAGAUACAUUUAUAUAUUUGGGAGAUCAUAAACUGUACACCCAUAUUCAUUUUUCUUGUUGAUUUGACGUUAUUGCAAAGGCAUUUUAAGUGGAGGAGGGGAGUGGGGAGGGAUAGGGCAGGGAGACCUGUGCCCCAAUUCUUUCAAAGGUUGGGGGCCAACAUAUGUUCUGGCCCUCCAACUUUUUGACCAAACCAUAUAAAAAAAAAUAACUUAGAGUGAAUGUUCAGUGCUUUCUGAACUAUUUUGAAUCAGAUGUUAAACAUUUCUUUAAAUUUUUGUAUCACAAAGAAUGUUAGGAUAUCAAGUUUACCUAGGUUUUUAUCAUAAUGUUGAAUGGGAAUUCCCUUUUGUGAGUUUGUGGAUGCCCCUAGCUCCCCAUUCAGAUCAGCUCCAUCUUAGCACACAAAUUUUCAAUAUUUUUGAAGUUAAAGGCUCUGUUUCUAUUUGCUUUAAUUGGUGGGAAAGGAGUUUAGAACCUGUCUCUGGACAUCUGGAAUCUCAGAACUUCCAGGGUGAGGAUGGGUCCUGGACCCUCGCCUAUAAUUGACUGAGAUAGUCUUUCAUCUUGCCUAUGUACAACCCCACCAUCUCUCCACGUUGCUGCUUCUGGGCCUGAUUAUAGUGGUCAUUGUACAAUUAACAUUGUUCAGUUUAUCCGCAUGCGCUAUUUGAGUAAAUAUUUUACAACUCACAUGGCAUGUAAAGUAUGAAAGCGAUCUGAUUAGGGAUUUUUGCCAAAAUGUGCAGUAUAUUUCAUCACAUACUUGUUGAUGGACAUUUGUUUUCUCUUAAAACAUGCGAAAAUGUUUGUAAGGUUAUAUUGAAUCCAAGAGCUUCCGGGGCCUUGGUGGCUCUGGACCUUCCCCUCAUUGGUCAAGAUAAUGUCCCCCCCAACCCCCAACCCCACUUCUCAUUUGCUUCCUACGCCCCUGUAUUGUAUGUGAAGUGUUGGUUGUUAUGGAUACUACAUGCUAAUGAUUCAUAUGAAUGUUAUCUUUGUGAUAGUUUUUAGCUGUUAAACAUUAACAUGCUGUACAAAAUAAGUUUGCUUAUAUUUUUUUACCCUUCUUGGGGGGUGACCUUUUUCUUUGUUGUAUUUUGUAUACAACCUUUUGGAUUGGCAGCUAUAUUAGUGCUAAUAUAUGGACAUUAAUAUAUUGUUGCAAAAGGACGAGUGCACAAUAUAGUUAUGUUUUUUUUGUAUG